UUUGUUUAUAUUGAGCUAGCUUUAUAAAAAGAUACAAAAUAUUAAUGAUCUUGCUGUGAAACCCUCUCCCCCCUCUCUCCGUCUAUGUUAUGGCGCGAAUUGUCUGCUUUGCAACACCAUUGCAAGCGGUGACGAGUGCUCUCUUGGAAAUGCUUUUGAGCUCAUAUGUUUGAACUUAAUUAGGGCAAUUGGCGCACGCGAGUGUUUUUGGGGGUUUUGUGGUUGUCUCUGUAUUUUUGUGAUUUACCUUAUCUUUGUAAUCCUCCCGUCGAUCCCUAUGAUGGGUUUCGCUGUGAGAAUAACUGGUUGGUAGAAAGUACCGCUGAUCGCGUUGCUGGAAAGCUUAUUUCACUUUUUUUUUUCUUUUCUUUUUGUUGUGUACUCCACGAGCCAUGUGUACAUCGCACUGUGUGCAGGCGUGAACGUCACUGUGCGCAUUUGGUCACCUUAGUGGUCCACGAUCUGCAGCUGUGCCGUGUACGUUUCGCGUGUUGUAUGCCUGGCGCUUGCAUAGGAAGAAAAUCCAGGUGCUGUUGACUCAAUGGAAGAUGAUGGCGAUGCAGACAUUUAUUUUGGCCUUGGCGAAUACUGUUCUGAAAGCACACCUGAUACCAAGGAGUCGCACUCGGCGUCUGCUACCGAAUUGGAUCUUUUGGACUCGUCCGUCCUACCAAGAGAAGUCACACCUGUAAAGAAAGACCGUCGGCCACAAGUCAGCGGCAGACCUAGUGGUGGAGACGCAGUGAAACGCGGCAAUAGGACUGACACUUAUUUAGACCUCGCUCAGUCGUCUUCCGCGAGUAAUAAUGACUCUAAAGACUUUCAUUCGCCAGUAUCUGCCGAGUUGCACUUGGACACUUCUGUGCUUACCAAGACAAGCGAACCCAGUUGAAAAGGACCACCUUCCAAAAACUAUCGCGAGACCUCGUCCAGAGGAAAGUUCGGUUGCACAUGGUGCCAAGCCCAGCACCUCUUUUGUAACAACUGAUGCACAAAAGACCAUUCUUACAUUGAAAAGAGAGAAUGAGAUGCUGAGGCACAAUAUUUCCAUUUUGUACAAGACAGCCAAGCACCUUGUGGACUCAAAGGAGAAAGAGAUCGUAAACUUGAAGCGAAGGUUAGACAACCUUGUGUUCAAAAGGAACCGGGGGUCGCAAAAUUCGUCGCAUGCCACAGCAAGUGGAGGUGCGCAACAGCAGCGCAAUUCACCCAGUACACCGACAACGCGGAGCACUCGUGAUUCUCCUCUUCAAAUCCCCUGCAGGAGAAACCAAGCUUUACAGAACUCACCGGUUGACACUACAAGCGCAAGAGAUGCACGGCAUCAUUAUCAGGAGCAAAGUGAGUCAGGCGAUUCACCUAGAACACCUUCCACACAAAUCUCUUGUGGCUCUCCCCUCCAGGAGCACAGUUGUCAUAUGCAGCCUGCUAUGCCGACAAAAGCAAAUGCUGACAUGUCGGAGGAUUUGCAGCGACUUUAUCAGUACAACAGUGUAAAGCCCGAAAACAGAACUGAGUUCAGCCGGGUGCCUGCAUUAGCGCUUACACCACAGAAGAAAAAAAUUGCUUCCAGAGGAGUGGUCACUCCAACAAAGUCUGCAGCACAGUUAAAUGCAAGAAGGCUAGUCAGAAAUAGCAUCAAGAACGUAACUGGGUCCCCAACCAAGCAACCAAGGAGGCUGGAAGUGUACAAAAAGAAUGGUUCCUCACCGUUCAAAAGGAGAAGGGCUUCUGAAAGAACCGCAUUUUCUCAAAAUCUUGGCACAGCACCCCACAAAGAGAGAGGAGGUGCUUCGAGAUCAGAAAUUCCACCCGAACGUUGGGUGUGGGAACCACAUGUCAGGCAGCCAAGGACACCACCCUACUCUGGUAGUAGGGUUUCUGAAAGACCCCGCACACCAAAUCAAGGCUGGCCCGAGGAACCAGUUAAUAAAUAUUACGGUUCGCCCCCACUCAGAGAAAAAACGGUUCCUAAGGGUUCCCAAACACCACCCGAUUACCAGACAAGGACAUCGGGCGGAGCGAUCCAUCAUACUCCACCACCCAAAAAAAAGAGAGUUGUUAAAGGACCACAUACGCCACCUGAGGAGCAGUCGGUGCAGUGGACUGUUGAUAAAUCCGAGACUCCUCCACUCGAUGGUAAAAUAGUUUCUGAAGUAAGGCAAACUAAACUCGAAGACCACCGAACGGACUCGCCUGCAACGCGGUCUAAAGUUACUGAGAUUGGUGGACCAUCAAAAAACGCUGUGGCACCAGUUAGGCUUGCGAGUGGCAGGUCGUCACCGUACCAGGAGAUGACUGCUGGGUCGGGCAGACCGUCGGUAGAAGUCCGACCUAGGGAACGUUUGGGAAUCAAGCGCAGGAGGUCCCCUAGUGAACCAACACGCAACAAACGUGUGCCUGAAAGCAGCUCCACUGUAGAGAAGCCUCUCAGAGCGUGCUCUCCUGGGCGUGGCUUGGCAGUGGAGAACUGGAGAGAUCACAGUCCACGAGAGUUCAAAGACUCCCGCAGCAUGCCAGCAAGACGGCACAGAUCUCGUUCGCGCUCCUUGUCAGCUUCACCUCCACCAAGGCCCCGCUCUCCGUGGCAGCACUCACAAGCUCACAGGAUAACAGUGCGUGACCACUUUGGCGUUCACCCCGAAAGACACAGAAUUCCAAGCCACCGGCGCCAUAGUCCCGAUGAUAGAAAUAUCCGUCGGCGAUCGCGAGAGCGUUAUUCUCCCUUGCCUCGCCGACACCAUCGGUCAGAAAGGCCUGUGCGUUCACCGUCUCCACCUCGACUCGGAAGGACGCCUCGAAGACAACCUUCACCUGGAAGGAGACCAAGGAGUCCUUUGGUAAGAGAUAAGGUGGCCAAAGUGGGUCCACCGAGCAAGCAGCCAGCUAAGGGGCCAGACAAAAGGACAUCGAGCGUGGUUAGGAGUGUUGUGUUGGUGCAAGCGAAAGAGGACACUGGUGUGCGUCAGGAGCCGGAUGUUCCGAGACCGCCUCCUGAGGACACAGUUCCUUGUCCGCUAGGAAUGUGAAGCACUCAGGACAGACAGUGUUGGUGGCAUGAAAGAUGAGCCCAAAGAGCUAGCUGAGGGGACAGCUGUGUGUAAUUCUGGCAAUAGUUGACUAUUGGACACUGAGAUGUAGCUUCCUCUGUUAUAUUAAAGAAGAAAGAAAAUGU